ACGUGGAAAACGAUGCAAUCGUCAGUCUUACGAAGUGGCUCGUAGCUUUCGAACGUGGUUUAGCUUCGUUUAAGAUAAAAGGUGUUUUACGUAAUACGAUGAAUCAGGAAGACGCUUUCGACACAGUGGCAAAUUAAACAGAAUGCUAUUCAUUAUUAACGCCCUAUUGAGAAAUCAGAAUGGGGUUUUCCAGUAAAUAGCACGCGAGGCGAUACAUUUGUCCGCGAUAUUGUAAAGACGACUUUCGCUAUUAUCUUAUUUCUUGGUGGAGUUACGAUCAAAAGAGGGUCAAAUGCAUUCGGCCGUGAGAGGUUGGUUGCACCGUGGCGAGCUCGAGAAACUCGAAAAUAUUGUGUUGGAGGGUCGGGGCUCGCGUUUGUUAGGCGAACACUCGCAGGAUCUUAGAACUCGUGUCUUCCUGAAGGGACUCCCGAACUAUUUGACGAAGAUUUCUCAAGUGCACGAUGCUAUUGCGCGCGGCUCGUUAGCUGAAACGCAGAAGAUAAUAGCCGAGGAGUCGAAGAAAAAGCUGGCGAUCGCGAAGGAUUCAUGUGGGGUACCUUUGAUACACAAGGCGGUCUACUACGAUCAACCCGAGAUCGUCUCCUGGCUCUUAGAAAAUUAUCCUAUUACGCCACAACAGAAGGAUAGAGAGGGACGAACAGCCUUGCAUUAUUGCUGCGCAUGUAAAGAUCCUGAUUCGAUCUGGGAUAUUCUCAUAGAAGGCGGAUGUGACGCUAGUAUUUGCGACAAGAAAGGAAACCCGGCCUCGUAUUACCUGGAACAUUCCACGGAAAUUGAAUUAUCAGAGGUGGAUAUGACAACUCGACGAAGGAAAAGUACCGCAAAGGACAAUAUGGAUUUCAAACCCUCUAAUAUCAGGAUAUGGAUACACAACAGAGACAUCGGAAAAUUACAACAGGUAUUAUGGGAGGGACAUGGAUCAAAACUUCGAUGCGAGACCAGCAACAAUCCGCGGAUAAGAAAAUUCCUAGAGGCCGUGCCCUUUAUUAUGGGCACAAUAAAGGAUAUCCACGCGACAGUCAUUAAUAAUGAUUUAGAAGGUCUCAAGACGAAAUUGGACGAACCUAUUUCGCCUAUUGUUUUAUGCGGCAAGGACAGCAAUGGCCUAAAUGCUCUGCACAAAGCUGCUGGUUUGGGAUACACGGACGUCGCACGUGAAAUCCUCGAAAGAUGUCCCGCAACGGUAGCGGCUCAGGACAAUGAAGGAAAGACUUCGCUGCAUUAUGCGGCCGCACUUAAGGACGACGGCGUUAUGUACGAUCUUCUGACGGAGCACGGAGCCGAUGAAAGUAAACUGGAUAACAGACAAAAGGCGCCCGCGUUUUACAAGAACCGUCCUUCGGACGUAGACCUGUCGAAUUUGUCGAUGAUACCGGAAGCACCCCGGGUUUCCGAUACUUAUCCGAAAAAUUGGGACUGGAGAAUCUUAGAGGCAGGUGCUGUUAUGCGAGGCAUGAAGAAGGUUAGCAGUGAUGAUAGCGCUUUCGGUAGCGCCGAAUCCACGAUGAAGGAUUCGGAUGGCUCGAAUGAGAAGGUCAAUGAUAUAAUGGAUUAUAUGGGAGAUUUGGUGGAACAGAGAGCCGACGAUGAGCAAGAGAACGAGGAGGCUGAGACUCCGAAUGGAGACGAGGAGGAAGCACAGAAUGGAGAUGAGGCGGACGACGGGGGAGAUGAAAACGAGGCCGCAGAAAAUAAUGAGGAAGAAGCCACGAAUGAGAAUGAAGAAGAACAAGAGCAAGAGGAAAAAGCAUCGUCGGACGAUGACGUGGUAACUGGGCCUGUCGCGGAGACACCGAAAGACGAGGAGGACGGGCCUGAGGCCGCCGUAAAUGAGGACGGUAUCUACGAGGAAUCCCCGAAAAUCGAGGAAAUCGAUGCCAACGACGAAACGACCGUCGAGCACGAAGAAAGAAACGAGCCUAGCACCGGCGAUUCUGGCGUUGACGAUCCUGCGCAAGACGAAGAGCAGCAGGUCAUCGUUGGCGAGCACAAGGAGCCCGCGGAGGUAGAAUUGACCGAGGGUAGCAUGGCCCGGGAUCCAGAAGUGAACAGUCUAAUAGAGAACGGCAAUAUGGAACAAUUAGCGGCUCUCGUUCUUAAUGGCGAAGGCCGACGAUUGGUUGGACGACAGUGCGGAAAUCCUGAACUCCAGACUUUCAUCGACAACGUUCCGGCUUACAUGGGAAAAAUUCAUGCCGUGCACAUGGCAGCGCGAGAGGGGAAUCUUCGUGACCUGCAAAGCGCGCUGGAUCGCCGUAAAUUCGCGGUGGCGCGAAACGAAUCGUCACCCCAUGGCGCCACGCCGUUGCACGUAGCCGUUGUCUUUGGAAAUACCGCUAUCAUCAGGUAUCUGGCAGGAAGGUUUCCAGAAACUGCCAACGCGAUCGAUCUCGACGGACGCACUCCAUUACAUUAUGCCGCGACGCUCGCGGACAACGGUCAUUAUUACAAUCUUUUGCUACACCUGGGUGCCAACCCUUUAAUACAGGAUAACUUCGGACAAAAGGCAGAUUAUUACAGACAAAGUCAAAGCGAUCUAUCACACAAAAAGCUCCUUCGCGAUUUCGGGGCAAGCGAGAGGCUCGCCGACGAAAUGUUGACGGAUAAAGUACCCGGGGGUGAUAUCUACUCAGCUCGGCGAGACGUGAGCGAGCCUGAGAUCCUGGCCACCCUGGAACGAUGUUUCCGAUUGCUGGCGGGCAACCGGCGAGCGUCGAUACCGAAGACCCCGUCGAACGCCGGUACACUAGUCGCUCGUUGCCUGAAACGGCCCGUAUUCGAUUUGAUCAAGCACCGUGUGACUCGCAUGGAUCACAAUCUCUUUGACGUGAUCUGGCCUGCCCUGAAAAGGUACGGUACCAUCACGGCCAACGGCAGCAAGAUCGACAGCGCCCGCUCGUACGUCAGCAGCAUCGCGGACGAGGAUCACGGUUACGGCGCGGUCGCGCCCGAUUUCGAAAGUUACGUCGUCUUUACGGAGUUCUUCGAUCCCUUCAUUCGGGAGCUGCACUGUGUAACCGCGAGCGGCGAUCUACCCGAUCACCCGCUACCACAUUUCUUCAACCUCGAAAAUGAAGAAGGCGAAGAGAAUCCGCCAGAUGAAACGAUCGUCACCGCGCUCGAGCAGUACGAUCUAGACCCGACCACUAAAUUUGUCCAAGCCGGUAUUUUAGAGUGCACCCGGAACCUACUUAAUUACAGUCUGCCGUUGACUCUGACGGUCAAUCAACUGGAAGAGGUCGAGAGGGAAAUCACCAAUCAACUAAUGAGUCCAGAGAUAACCGACCUGAUGGCGGAAGGCAGUAGCGAGGACGAGGCCGGCACGUACUUCACGCUCAACGAAAUUCUCGAGCAACCCAGCCGAAUACGGGCGCAACUGGCGGCAGCCGGUCUAUUGUUACCGAUCACGGAAUUCGAGGCGAACGACGACCGGCGUCUUCAUGGCAAGCACUGGCCCUACGGGCGCGGCGUGUACGUCACCACCGCCGGCGAUCUUGCCGCAUGGGUAAACAUUCAGGAUCACUUGAGGAUUAUCUGUCGCACCAGCGAGAACCGGCCGGGUCUGAUGGGUCGUGCUUACGUCAGGGUAGCUAAGCUGAUGAUGAUAUUCGAUCAGAGGCUAAAGUUCAAACGAGAUCAGAAGUUAGGUUUCCUGACCGCCCGUCCACAAGCCCUCGGCAACACCAUCAGAUUCUGCCUGAUCAUACGAUUCCCGGAACUAUCGAAAACGCCUGACAAUUUACGGCACCUGUGCGUGGUGCGCGGCCUGAAUAUGCGCGAAACCGUGAAGAGCGACAUGGUGAGGAUCGGCAAUCAACAGUCGCUGGCCAUUACCGAACUGCAGACCCUCCAGGACUUCUGCAGAGCGGUGCUCAACAUCAUCACGCUGGAGAAGGAAUUGUCGUUGAACAACUCGAUGAAGAUCGCCAAUCUCAUCACCGGCAUAUUCCGCAAGCGGACGAACGCGUCGAGGCGUAGAUCUCAAGGCGUAGACGAACCAUAAUUAUGAGAGACAAUAACGUUAGAUUUUAAGUUGUUAAGGAUGAUCUAUAAUUCAAUCAUCCCCUGCCUGCUUCAUAGAUGAAAGCAACAGCUUGUCAAUAAACUUGACAAAGCAAUCAAACGAGAAUUAUCGAAAACAAUCAUAAUUUCUAUAAAAUGAAUGCAUUUUAAAUACCUUAAAAAAAUAACAACAAAAUCAUUGACAACUAGUCUAGAGAAUUUGCAUGGCAAACGCUCUACUCAGACAUAUUUAGACACUAAUUGUAAAAAGCGAAACGACUAAUUCACCAGAUAUUCCUGUUCGACAUAUAAUGAAUCACGAUCUUGAUUCUUAAUUAUGGUAUCAAGAAUGUCCGACAUUCUAGGCAAUAACUAACUUCUUAUUUAACAACACUAGUCGUCGAUCGCCUUUGAGAGCCUCCGUUCUUUAUCUUCUCUUUAGUCUUUCUAUAAAGAAACACUUACGCUUACGCAUGGAAAUCUUCUGUGAUAAUUAUUAGCCAAUGUUUGAUCGUCAAUUACUCUUCGCAGACUGAACUAUUUAAAUAACAUUUAGGCUAUAAUGAGCAAGAGGGAGAGAGAGAUUAGAAAGAGAGAGAAAUGCGUUGGAAAGAUGUGUGAACGUUAUUUUAUUUUCCUCUCGUGCACUCAGCGUCUCUCUUACGAAAUUACGUUAAAUCACAAUCGUAGUCGCUCUAUUAAUCGGAUUAACGAUGGCGACGAGAACGCAGGAUUGCUGAUUAGGUUAGUAAAUGAUCAGCAUUAUUGAUAUAUACACGACAUCAUUGUCGCACAAUAUCUCACAAUUGUGUCUUGUAAAUCUUUGUUCUCUCGAGAUAAUUCGGUAAAUUGUACAAAUUACUUUUGUAUAAUAUAACAUUACUCGUAAGAGCAACGAUUUUACAUGAAUUUUCCUCGAUAUAAAAUGAAUAAAUGUAAUG